GGCUCGCCCUCGAUCAAGUAAGACGAGCGUUGUACGUUCAGUAGCCACGACAUUUUGGAGACGGGCCCCGCGGCCCGGCCCGGAGGCUUCAAGCCUGGCUUGCCCCUCGAGCGACGCAGCACGCAGCGGCCGCGCGCGCGACGUGAGCUUCAGCGCGGCUUCCUCGAAAAAGCGAGACGAUUUGGAGUCGGUUGCCUGUGCAGCCGUGGUUCUCGAACUGAGACUGCUGAGCGCGCCCCCAGCGCAGAGACUGCCCCAGGACUGCCCUGAUCUUGCCUUCCCUCGUCACACUUGUUGUGUGUGCCGAGUAUUUGACUCUUGCAGCGGUCCGAGACCUGAGCGCGCACACGAGCAAGACCGGCCCAUGUCGCGAUGAGCGUAAACAUUGACCACGGAUAUUUUGUCCACGUGCUGUUAAGGACCUUGAAACGGCCACUAUGGAGAUCAAAGUCAACGACAUAUUGAUAGUCCGCGACUCAAAUGAUCCAACAAUAUUACUUGUGAUUAAUGAAAUGGGACAGAAAUCGCAGGGACCAAGAGAUUCAUUCCAAAUUUUCCAUCAAAAUGAAAACCCUGCCGAUUAAUUUGUGACAAGAAAACCCGCUGAUUGUGAGGCUAGCAACAAAAAAGAGAAUCCCAAGUUGACAGUGGAUGAGGUAAAGACUGAGAAUGAGUAUGAUGACCCAGCCUUUAGGAAAUUUAUGGAGUCGCUGGAAAAAGAAAGACUUGAAUUCAACUGUGAACUAUACCAGAGUGUUGUUGCUAAGCACAAGGAAUUAUUCAAAGAUGUCAAACCAGAGGAAACAACAGGUUCCCAGGAUGAUUCCCUAUGUAUAUUGGAUGAUAUUGAGGAGAUUGACAUAAAGCCGCCACGAGUGCCACGACACAGAUUUCGCCAAAACCAAAACCUGAUUGAAAUGGAGAGUGCUUCAACAUCAAAACUAAAAAUUCCAUCUCUCAUGGACUCAUCUUUAGCAACAAAGCCUACUAGGGAUCAAGAUAUGGUCACAGUUCAAUGCAUUUACUUGCAGCCUCUCAACGACUACUUCAAGGUCAAAGGCAUGAGGGACUUCGCCGGAAAAGAAGGAGAACUCUCAUUUUCUGAAGGAGAAAUAUUAUUCAUUGCUGACGCCUCAAGACCACUUUGGUGGCAGGCCGAGAAUCGUUUCAAAGAGAGAGGACUAGUUCCAUCACAGUUUGUCCAGCAUGUACCUGCUAAUGUGCAAGUAAUUCAAGCCCAGCCGUCAGCUGAUGGCAAGAAGCUCCCACCUGGUUGCAAGAAGCCCUCACUAACACAAUUGGACAAAAUCUGGUUUCAUCUGACCCAGGGACUUUGUACCCCAAUGAUGCGAUACCAGACAAUUUUAGAUGAGAAGCCUGCUUCAGCAAAGCAUUACCAAGCAAAGAUCUUUCGCUCCGUCUUAGGGGUCCGCAUCCUAGUCACGGCUCAGUUGAGUCGAAAGGCUCGACGAAAUGAGAGUGAAAGUAUGCCGAUUAUUUUGGAUGAGGAGUUCCCCAGAGAAGUAGCAGCUGUAAUAGCUGCUACUGAUCUUUGGGCUGCUGAUCAAAAAGUCACCAAAUAACUCUCCCAGAUUGAAGCGAGAGAAAACCUCUCCAAUAUUUGCUCAGAAUUGCGUAAAUGCAACAGACGCCAUCAACUGAAGUACGCUGGAGAGCCACAAUGCCCCCCUGAUAUGAAUUUGCGCCUCGACCCAAGACAAGCAAAAACCAACACGUUUUGGGUUGAGCCUGGCAAGAAAUUCAUUUAGAGGCAUGAGACAUAUCUAAGUGGCGAUGAGACGGGAAAAGACAAUUACGUGAAGGUGUGUGUUUGUGUGGAUCUCUGCUAUACGCGUCUGCAUAACUCGCCUCUUGGACCAGAAGUUGGAAAGGUCACCAUUAUUUUUAAAGGAUAAACAGCGAAUCGUGGGGAUUUUGAUUUUAAGGAUUAAUGAUCUUGGUUCCCUAAUUUUAUUGAAUUUUGAUGGUUAAUUUUGUGAAUGAAAUUCUUAUAUGUAAGUCAAGAUGAUAAGGAAGCAUCUGUUUAAAACGGCUGACGAAGGAUAUAUAGGUUAGCAGUGUUGAAAGCGACUCAAUCAGAUACUCAAAGACAGAUUACAACAACAGCUAGAAAUUACUGGCUAAAAGACAAAUGAAAAGCAAUUGAUUUAAACACCGGAAACUCCGCUGUGUUUACAGAGGGGAUCAUUUUGGAAACUCGGCAGGCCAAACAGAUUUUGGCGGACAUUCAGGCUCGGCACGCCGAUAUUAUCAAUAAGCUGGAAAAUUCCAUCAGAGAGUUGUAUGAACAUGUUCAUAGAUAUGGCGAUUUGUUGGUCGAGAGCCAGGGUGGUCUCAUUUGAUAACAUCCAACGCCACGUAGAGUCUGCUGAAGAACCCCAUCGUUUAUAAAAAGUUCAUACACAUAAAACGUUUUAAAUAAUUAAUCCUCAUCUUUUGUCAAAACUGCUUUCAAUUGGUGCAUCCGAGUUUUCAAUAGCAGAAUAAUAUUUUUUUGAAGUCCAUCAACGCUUUCUGUGAAAUGUGAUUUUAUUUUUCAAAAUGUUGCUUUUCUUAAUUAGUAUUAGCGGCGCAUAUGUAACUAAAAACUAGAUCAACAAAAUAAGUGUUGUACUUUGCUUAAUUUCCACUAUAAUUAUGACAGAAAAGGAUGAUUAUUGUUUUUAUUAUUUGAAUUGAAACAUGAAUUAAAAUUUUUAAUAAAAGUGAUACCAGCAAAAAAAAUUAUUUAUUCUCAUUAC